GAGCAGGACACCAUGCAGGGAUCACCCCGGAGGCUCUCAGCCGCGAAUGUUGUCAGCAACUUUCUACUUGGCCGCAGACAUUCCACCUCUAACGCCGUCGUCCGCCACCAGCGAAGGCGCAGCUCAGCCAUUGAGGUGCUGUCCACCUCUACUCACAGAGUCAUGGUGGCUGUGUCCUCGGUCAGCACAGGAGAUGAGAACACAACCGUCCUUCAGUUUAAGAGAAGUGGUAGACGUCCAACUUCAAAAUACACGAAAGUGGGAGAACGUCUACGUCAUGUCAUCCCGGGCCACAUGCAGUGUUCAAUGACGUGUGGAGGACGCGCUUGUAAAUAUGAAAACCCCACUCGCUGGAGCGAUGAGGAACAAGCUAUAAAGGGACUUUACUCUUCUUGGAUCACCGACAACAUACUUGCAAUGGCGAGACCAUCGAAAGACAUAAUUGAGAAGUAUAACAUUAUUGAACAGUUCCAGAGCUGCGGAAUAAAAACAGUAAUUAACCUGCAGCGUCCCGGGGAGCACGCAAGCUGUGGGAACCCUUUAGAGCAAGAAAGCGGGUUCACGUACCUUCCAGAGGCCUUUAUGGAAGCUGAAAUAUACUUUUAUAAUUUUGGAUGGAAAGAUUAUGGUGUGGCUUCUCUGACGACAAUUCUCGACAUGGUUAAAGUUAUGUCUUUUGCCUUACAAGAGGGAAAAGUAGCUAUUCACUGCCAUGCAGGGCUCGGGCGCACAGGUGUUUUAAUUGCAUGUUACUUAAUAUAUGCCACCCGAAUGACCGCAGAUCAAGCAAUACUGUUUGUUCGAGCGAAGCGACACAAUGCAAUCCAGACCCGGAUCCAACUCUUGUGUGUCCGAGAGUUCACCCAGUUCCUGACCCCACUGCGCAAUGUCUUCUCUUGCAGUGACCCAAAAGCUCAUGCCGUUACUUUAUCACAGUACUUGAUUCGACAACAGCACUUACUUCACGGAUAUGAAGCUCGCCAUCUUAAAUACGUGCCAAAAAUUGUCCACUUAGUCUGUAAGUUGUUGAUCAAUUUGGUUGAAAACAGGCAAGUGGCAGAGGAGGAGAUGCUGGACAUCCCAGAUCUCACUGCCGAAAUCGAGAAGACUGUUUCUCAGCUUUCCACCGAGCAGCUGGAUAAAGUACUGGUCAGUAACAUUGUACCGGAGAGUCAGUUACCCCAUUCAGUCACCACAGCCGCUUGUUACGAUUCAGUAUUAUCCAGUGAACAGGAGUUCGACCCUUUGUGGAAAAGGAGGAACGUGGAAUGUCUGCAGCCUUUGUCCCACCUAAAGAAGCGUUUAAGCUACAGUGACUCUGACCUGAAAAAGGCAGAAAUUCUUUUAGAGCAAGGUGAAACGCCAUGGACAGAACCUGCGCGGAUGUCCUUCUUAAACAAACUAAAUGAGCAUAUGAGAGUGGCACACUGUUUUGUCUCUGGAAAUCAUGAGGUUGCUCAGCAUGCUCCCACGCCAAAUUUAAAGAAAGAUCCUUGCGUGCAAACUGCAUUCUCCUUCUGGAGUCAGAGCAAAUUUGGUAGCAUUGAAGCACCCCGAGAAGGUUCUCCACUUUUCCACAGGAGAAAGUUUCCCAGAGAUAUACAGCGAAGCCGCACUUUCUCUUUAGGAUACAAUUCACCAUUAAACAGUGGCCAAACAUCCUUAGCGGAAUCUGAUUUCUUAAUGCCAAACAUGACUUCUCAGGACACUACCAGCUGUUGUGCCACUGGUAACAACAAACUACUGGAGGAUGAAGACCCCUCUGUUUUUCAGGAAACUGACAGCACUUCUCCAAAAGGGAUUUUCUAUAUUGGAUGUAAUGAGGCAGCAGAUGUCGUCCCACAUCAAUCUGAGCUAAACCUCAGUGCUAGGAGAUUGCUGGCAGCAAAAGCACUUGCAGGUCUGAAUUGUGAUGGUGCUGAAGAGAUUGCACAGAAAGUCAGCAUUUGGCAGAAGGAACUGAAUUCGCGAGAAGCAGCUUGGGAUCGGAUCUGCACAGAGAGAAACCCUUACAUCUUAAGCAAUUUAAUGUGGUCCUGGCUUGAACAGCUAAAAGAACCAGCUAUUACAAAAGAGGAUAUCCAUUUGUUAGCAAGUUACAGCAGUGAUCUGGAGAGCGCCCUCUACCUGUUACAAAAGGGUCAGCAUCAGACCGUCCUGUGCAUAUUACAGUGUGUGGGGAACCUGCAACUGAUCCCCCUUGAUGUAGAGGAGGCUAUUCUGGAACGAAUGAUCACAGCUUUCACAAUGGUUACACAGGAGUCAGAGGACAGUCCUAUGGUUUACAAUACUCUGAAACCAAUCUUUCAACAUGUCUUAGUGGACAUCCGGAAAUAGAGAAACUGGGGCAGCUCUGAAGUUCACAAGCUUGGCCUUGCAAUGUUAACAUUUGUGUGUACUGUCUAAGCAUUGUGUGUGUUUCCUGUGAGGUUUGUGUUUACACAUUUUGCUACACAAAGGGCUCAAACUACAGCGAAUGUAGAAAACUAUGUGACUUGAUGUUCUAUUAGCUAUUUAAAAAGGAACCUUUUUUUUCUGAUAAGCUUUGUUCAUUGUGUUGAGAGGUCAUUAUAUAUAUUUUUUUUAAGUUAGUGGUUCUAAUAGAUUUGAGUUAUAUCUAUUGUAUUUGUUACAUUAUGAAUUGGGCACAUUGUUACCACUUAGGAGGACCUGCCCAGCGAAUGCACUGUGAAACGUUGAUUGUCUUCAAUAUCUGAGCCUUUGUCUGUGGCAGAGGUAUGACAAUAUUUGAAGAGAACUACUGCAUGAUACAUAGAGCCAUAUAUUUGUACAGUUUUCUAGACGACUGAAGUCCAAUGCUUCUUUCAUAUAGGGGGCUCAGAGGAAGCAAUGUCGGGAAAGGGUGGUACAAAAAAAUUAAAGGGAGUUAAAGAAAAAAACAACACUCAGGCCUUAUAUUGUUACCAUUUUUUCCUGUAGAUUUGCCAAUUUGCAGUCCCAUAACUUACGCUAUUAAGUAUAAACUCCUUUUAUUUCUUAAAUAACCAGAACUAGUCACCACAAUUCAGUUAAUUAAUUUAUGGUUACAUUCCAGUGUUUUACCAUGGUCAAUAAAUGGUUGGUUUUGGAUGGUGUGAAGUGGAUAAGGACAGCAAUUUGGGGGAAGGAAUUGUGGGUGGCAAGCUAUUUAAUGUUACAGUAGCUAACACUCUAAUGUGCUCGGUAUUUCACUUUUUGUGUAUUUAUAUAUUUAAUAACUCAUCAACAUUUUAUUUUUUUUAUGUACUGUUUGCCUAGCUAUUUUUACUGCAUUCAUUAUUUGAAUAAGGUCAAAAUUUGGUUUGUUACAGUUAUGAGGCCCAUACGUCUGAUUGGCCUGGGGAAUCAGAGAAAUUCAGUAUGUUAGAUUUCCUUGGCUCGCCAAUUCCAACCGAACGAGUCAAGCUGGGGAUUUUUAACUUGUUGAAUUUCCCCAAUUCCCCGACGGAUUGCUGAUCAUCAAUGUCCACCUCUUUUGACCGGUGAAUCAGCAUCAGGGAAUCACAGCGCAGAUUAUGCCCACAUUAGAGAAAUAGACGUUUCGGCAAAGUGGACACAAUUGCCUGUAUUUUGUCAUGACUGUGAAAGCCUACAUGCACACUUUGCCUAGAGAUGAUUUGUGCACUGUUGCAUUUAUAGAACAAUGCUAUAGAACUCAAGGCAUAGAUUAAGAUUGUAUUUCUUGUGGGAUGUGGUCAAGAUGCUGCAGGACGGGAUCCCGGCGGUCGGAAUACCGACACCGGGAUCCCGACCGGCACAAUCCCGACAUAUUCUCCCGCUGUGGGUGUCCACAACACCCAUAGAGGGAGAAUAAAUUAGUGUACCGAGCAUAGCGAGCCUGCAAGGGGCUGCGUUGCGCUCGCCCCCCUGUCCGGAUUGUGCCAGUCGGGAUUCCGGUGUCGGGAUUCCGACCGCUGGGAUCCCGUCCGGUGGGAUCUCGUACUGAUCCCCUUCUUGUUUAAGUUCUUGUAAUGUAUUUCUUUUUUAAGUCCGUACUUAUGUUUCAGAAAUUGCUUAGAAAGUUAAGUAACACUGGGUCAUGCUAUUGCCAAAAACGGUCAGUAAUUUAGAAGUUAAUUCCAUAGUUACAUUAACAAAGAAUAUUGCUUAUCUGUGGCCAGGUGUACCAGUAUCUGCAGCUUCCUGAUGCUUUCUUUGCUCCUGCUGAGAGAGUUAUUGUCAUAACGGCAGUGUUUGAUUAUGCACUGGGCACUGUUGACUGUAAACUCAAGUACAUUUAUGUCAGCGCAAAAGCAGAGAAAUCUACUACCUGGUAACUAACGCAUCAAUGUAGAACCUCCUACCAUUUUAUAACCUUAGAUUUAAUUUAACUUUUCACAUUUUCUUUUAAAAUACUGCUUACUCUAAGCAUAUUUAAAGCUUACAUUUAUCAUAAGAGUGAUGGAACAUUGAGACUUUUAUUAUGCAUCAUUUUCUUGUGUUUGGAGCUUUUUAGUGCAUUGCUCGGAGUUAGCUCUCUGCGCCAGUGCAAAAUGGAAGUACUUUGUGGAGUGAAAAGCAUCCUGCACCCCUCUGUACAGCGAGACAUGACCUUCAAAAUAUGCCCUUUCUAUAUGUUUCUCAUAAGCUGUCUUUGGCAGAACUCUUGGUGCACUUGCUGAGAUUGGUGUGCAUUGUGGGACCUAAACUGAUUUAGUGCCGCGUCUCAUUCACUUUGCGCAUUGUUUUUGAUCUCCCACCGGAAUAAGGAGAGCAUCACCAGACUAGGGUAGACAUUGGGUCUUAAUGCUGAGAUAAUAUUGUGUGACUUAGGUGUAACUUCAAUUUCAAUUUUGGGUGAGGUUAUCUGUAAAGUCCGAUAACCAAUGCACAGAUUACCUUUCAUACAUACCACUGCUAAUGCCAUUCACGCAUGUGAUAUGCUGUGUUUUGGUUAUUGUCUGUGCAUGUUGUAUGUUGGCCAGUUGCGGGUAUUUGUGUAAUAUAGUAUCUUACCUGUAGGUUGUCAAUUUAUGAAAGAAGGACUUAUAUUUGUACCUACUGGGUUAUAACUCUCAAAAAGUAGCAAUAUAUGGCCAUUAUAUCACUCUCUCUUCUUUUAUGUGUUGAUUAAAGACAGGGAGCAUCAUCCAUAUAUGUGCUACUAAACCUAGGCCUUGAUAUUACAUUUAUGAUACAUAGGGCUUAAGUUGCACUCCUUAAUAGCAGGCCGAUAAUUGGUCUGAAACGUUUGGUCAUUGGUAUAGAGAAAUGCAGCUUGCACAUAAGGGCUGAUUCAGGUAAGUGCAUAAAUACAAUGUUUACACAAAUCUGAGCACGUGCAGAUCUGGGUCUGUGAUGUCGCGUGCAGUGUUCCAAGAGGCACAGAAGUAUUGACAUGCUACUGGCAUUUGGGUCAGGAAGCGCCCCAGAAUAUGGGCAUGUCUGUCCUGUUUAUUGGGCAUGCUGAAACGUCCUUGGACGCGGCUUCACUGGUUUUGGCAGCUCGAUUUCACCCUUACAGUCUGAGUAAACUGAGAGUUACUCAGAUUUCCAAUGUUCACACACACGGAUCCAGUGCUGCAUCUUCAGGAGCAGCAACGUAUCACAGAUGCCUGCAGAGGGCGUCCUAAAGUCAGUGGUCCCUAGUAUUUCAUCAGAGCCAUUAGCACGAGAACCAUGAUUGUGCAAGGGUUUGACAUCGGUUCUUGCACCCAUAGUAAGAUUAUAAAACAUUAUAUAUUGCCUUUGUACUUUUUUAAAUGAAGGCAGGCCCUGUUUUUUAUACACAGAAUGGAAUA